AUGGCCUGGUUAAUGAAGGCCGAGCCGGAAAGCCGGGUGGUGAAAGGCAAAGACGUAAAGUUCUCCGUAGACGAUUUUGAAGAAAUAAAAGUGUCACCUUGGGAUGGUGUUCGCAAUCCAGAAGCAAGCAGGUUCAUGCGAGAACGCAUGAAAUUGGGCGACAAGGUUCUCUUCUAUCAUUCUAAUACCAAGAUUCCCGGAAUCGCAGGCUUUGCCGAGAUAUGCAAGGAGGGAUAUCCCGAUUGUAAGCUUCAUGUAUUUUAUUACUUAACAACUAACAGCUUGCACAGAUACUGCAUGGGAUCCAAGACGGACAAGGAAAAACCUAAAUGGUACAUGGUCGAUGUUCGGUUCAUCUCUAGAGCCAAGCAUAUGGUUUCUCUGCCGCUCCUGAAGCAUCUUGCCACACUGUCGGAACCGCCAGCAGACUUGCCAUAUCUGACCUCAGAACACCUGAAGGCGAUCAAGAAUAUGGCAUUGUUGACACGUGGCCGGCUCAGCGUGCAGCCUGUAGAUAAUCCGCUGGUGGUUGAAGCGAUUCAACUUCUUGCCGACAAGGGUGGAUGGGAUGAAGAUAUCGAUGGAAAGAAGAAGACCAGCGGUAAGAAACGAGCUGGUGAGGAACAGGGUGAGGCACCGGAGACGGAUAAGACGACGGAGGGAGCCGAUGGCAAGGGUAGUGAAGCUGAGUUACGGGAACCGUCCGCAAAGAAGAAACGGAAAUCGGGUGGGAGUGAUACGCCGACUCGGUCAGAGGGUACUCGUCGGUCCUCUCGAUUGAAGAAGUAGGAACGAAAUAGGGGGUUUGCCAGUGGUUGGCUACAUAGAUGUACACAGAAUGUUGUCAAUGGGGUUACUUUAUUGAGAGAUGAUGU